GUGCUGGUAAAACACCAUCAUUAGGAGGUGGAUUCCAUGUCAGUUUGGGAAAGGAAUCACGAGCACAGACUCUUCAGAAUGGAAAGCGUCAAAUUCAUCACUUAGGAAACCAGUUGCAACUCAACCAGCAUUGUCUUGAUACUGCUUUUAACUUUUUCAAGAUGGCAGUGAGCAAGCACUUAACUCGUGGACGAAAGAUGACCCAUGUAAUUGCUGCAUGUCUCUACUUGGUGUGUAGAACUGAAGGAACACCUCACAUGUUACUUGACCUCAGUGACCUUCUUCAGGUGAAUGUCUAUGUGCUGGGAAAAACUUUCCUUCUGUUGGCCAGAGAGCUGUGCAUAAAUGCUCCAGCUAUAGAUCCAUGUUUAUAUAUUCCUCGUUUUGCACACAUGCUAGAAUUUGGAGAUAAGAACCAGAAAGUAUCAAUGACAGCUCUGCGAUUAUUACAGAGAAUGAAAAGAGACUGGAUGCACACAGGACGUCGACCGUCAGGGCUCUGUGGAGCAGCUCUUCUAGUAGCAGCAAGAAUGCAUGAUUUCCGACGCACUGUUAAGGAGGUUAUCAGAGUGGUCAAGGUUUGUGAGUCCACAUUAAGGAAAAGGCUUACGGAAUUUGAAGACACACCAACAAGUCAGCUAACUAUCGAUGAAUUUAUGAAGAUUGACUUGGAAGAGGAGUGUGAUCCUCCUUCAUUUACUGCUGGUCAAAGAAAAUUAAAGAUACAGGAGCUUGAGAAAGUGCUGUCAAAAAAGCUUGAAGAUGUUGAAGGUGAAAUAUCAAGUUACCAAGAUGAAAUAGAGAAUGAAUUAGAAAAUAGUAGGCCAAAGGCAAAAGGAGUAUUUGCAAAUUUGACUAAGGAUGAAUCUAUAGAAGAUAAUAGUGCUAGUGUAUGUGGAGAGGAAGAGGCACAAGAUGAAGAACUAGAAGCAGCUGCUAAUCAUUUAAACAAGGACUUUUAUAAUGAACUUCUCAAUAAAGAUAGAUUAAAGAAAAAUGAAGGGAGGGACUGCAAGGAUGGAAAUGAUGCCCCUGUAUGGCCACCUGCAUUAGAAUCUCUCCUUGGUCCACUUCCUACUGCUGCCAGCCUUGGAAUAACAGAGUCUAUAAAAGAGUGCAUAUCUACUAAGGAUGGAGACCACAACGAAAAUGCGGGAGAUGGAGAAUUAGAUCUUAGUGGAAUUGACGACACUGAAAUAGAUAGGUACAUACUUGAUGAAACAGAAGCUCAAAUAAAAGCAGAACUGUGGAUGAAAGAAAAUGCAGAUUAUUUGAAGGAACAAAAGGAGAAAGAAGCAAGAAUAGCAAAAGAGAAGGAGCUUGGAAUUUAUAAAGAACACAAGCCAAAGAAGUCUGCAAAAAAGCGGGAACCAAUUCAAGCCAGCACAGCAGGAGAGGCAAUUGAAAAGAUGUUGGAACAGAAGAAAAUCUCAAGUAAAAUUAAUUAUAAUGUGCUAAAGGACCUGAACAGCAAAGGAAGUAGCACACCAAAGAAAGAGGAUGACAGCACUGAUGACAGCAGCAACACCAAGAAGCUGUCAAGAAGAAAAUCUACUGUCAGUAGGAAUAUAGCCAAUGCUGUAAACAGUAUGGGGAAAAGAUUAAGACCAUUGAUUUCUGCACAGCUAGCUAAAAAGGCUGCAACUGAAGAGGCAGUCUUUCCACAUUCACAGACAGAAGGGCCAGAGCUUGAAAAACCAGGGAAUGUUCUGGUAGAGAGCGGACCGGUAUCAUAUAACCAUGAUGAUGAAGUUGAAGAAGAAGAAAUCGAAGAAGAGGAUGAGCACUGCAUGAGUGCACUUCAGUUAAUGGGAGGAAAUGAUUAUGGCUGUGAUAUGGACGAUGACGACGGUUAUUAGUCCUAUUUGUUUUCAAAGGAGAUGGAGUAAUUUUUUAUUCUAAUGACUUUAUGAAUGGUGAAUGAAGCUGUCUAUGAUCAGCAAACAUAAAUGAACAAUCCUGAUUUUUGUAAAAAGACUUUUAGUUAAGUGUUGAUUCUGGUCAGUUUACAUUGACCUAUAACCCAGCAAUAAAGUUUGGGUUUAUCGUACUUGAAAAUUUUUUUUGGAUCAUGUUUUGAGGAAGGAAUUCAUGGAAGUAAUGUUUCUAGAGAACAUAGAAAAAUAGCCUGUGUAUAGAGAGUAUGUUGUGGUUAAAAAAACUACACGUCUCAUAUCUGAUCCUGCUUCAGGCAUGCUGCUGAAAAGGAACAUAUAGAAGAGGAAUAAAUUAUAAAGCAAGUAAAACUUCCAUAUAAACCUUUGAACUACACCAGAUUUAAAGCUCUCAUAAUGCUAGAAAUGAGAAAAAGAAAUAUUUCUAAUCAUUAGUAAUAACGUGACUCUGCCACUGUGUCCAAACUUCCCUACUUGAUAAAGUCAGAAAAGUAAAUAAAUGAAGGAAAAAGAUAUAAUUUAAUGUCAGUAUCUCUUUGAAUUAAAUUAAUGUUUAAUGGUCAAUAUGUGUUUAUGGACAUUAAUAACAGAGAUGUAUGUUCCUCAAGAGAUACUGACAAUAGAAGACAAUGUUGUCACAGAAGUAUGAUUUCUACUGCUUUAUAAAUGCUGCAGCAGUAUUUAUGAAAAAAAUAGUUUAAGGCAAAUUAUCCAUGGGGAAAGCAAGCGACACUAUUGUGGCUAAUUUCAUUCCAGUAACGAUAUAUGACCAUGCUGCUGAGCUGUCACAAGACUGAUAUGGAGAUGAUGGUAGAAGUUGGUGAGUCAGGUGACUGUUAGUGACUUGCUGCAUUCUGGCUGGCUCGGGAACAGACUUGGUCUGUGAUGUAGGCACACAGAAGGCAGCCUGUCUCCAAACAGCUAGGCGUUUUUUUUUAAAAAAAAACAAAAACAAAAAAAGCAUAGGUUUUUGUGUAAAUCAGUUGUUUCUGGUUAGACUGAAGUUUAAUUUAAUUUAUUUAACUUUUUUUAUUGGGAAAUUAAACAUCACCUGUAUGGCAACCUGAUUGGCUUAGCCUGACUUUCAUUUUGUUCUAUCAGUAUUAAUGCCAGAAUGCUGGUCUUCUGAGAUUCUACAGUUCAGCACACUUUAUCUUCCUGAUCCCAAACUCAGUAGAACAACUGCGCUGAAUUCUAGCUCUGUGGAUUAAAAUCAGACCUGGUGUUGGUAGAUUCAACUCUCAUUGACCUCCCUUCGCCCCCGCCUUUAAGGCCCUAUCCAAAACUCACUGAAAUCUGUGGAAAGACUCCAGUAGACACAUAUAUGUUUUGGAUCAAGACCUUAAUGAUGUUGGGAGCCACAGGAGUUCUGACAUUUUCUUCAUUCUCACGUGGCUGUUGGCGGUCAAGGAAACUGCAACAUCUGCCAGAAGUUACAUAUUGCUUAGCAAAAUAGUCUUCCCCAAGCGGGUCUGUUCCAGCGUUACACGCUGUAAGAAGCGCUCCAUUUAUUAUUAGGCAAGUCACCCACUACAGAAACACCACCCUUCUCUUUCUGACGGAAGUUCUGAAGAGCUAUGACUUGAUCACAUAUCCAGAGGCUGGAUAUCAGUGCUUCUCCCAGGGCCUGGCAAGAAGGAGAUUGGGCAGCUCCCUUGAUCAUCACCAGCUAGGUUUAUGUAGAAGGAAAUGGUGUUGCCCAGACUUCCAGGGACAUUAGACAGGACAGAGGCACUUGAACUUCCCUUCCAACAGCCAGUAAAAUGGGCUGUGGGAGGGGAGAGGUAAGAGGAGCAAGAGGUCUAUGAUCCUACACAGUUUCUCUGGGACACAAUUGAAUGCUGGCAUAACUAGUCAAUGUACUGCUUUGACUAGUAUGUAUUGGCUAGAUAUUUUUGAGCCCUAUCAAUGAGACUGCAAGUGCUGUUGCAGAGUUUGAAUAGCAAAAUGCAUUGCUGGCAGGAGGAAAACCAAGCCCUUUUUUAUUAUUUUUCUAUAGAGUUUGGGAAAGAUUUUUGGGGAUUGGAAAGAUGAGAUUUAGUAUAAUUCUUACAUGAAAAGCUGGUACUGUAUAAGAAAAGUUACAGAUGGUUGGUAGCUACACAGAAGCUGCUCUGAGACUAAAGGUAUGGAGUGAAACCUUUCUGUCUGCACAAAAAAUGAAAAAUUACACUUUUAUCAUAUAAUAAUUAUAAUAGUUUUAAAAAUACCAAGCAGAUUCAUUAUGCCUUUGCAAAUCUAUGGUUCAUCUGCCUAGGCCAGUUAGGUUGAAUUUAAAGAUUGCAGCACUCCGCCCAAGAGCAAUAUUGUAAGUACCCAUACUCCUAAUAUAGUCUCAAAAUCUGGAUUUUACACCAACGUUCAAAUUAUUGUAUAUACAUGAAAUAAACAUGCAUGUUGACUCCUGGAAGAUAAUUACUCUGCUGUCUCUAAUGUGAAGUGUUGUUAAAGCAGUAAAGUUGUUUCCUCUGGUGAGCCACUAAGAUGAGUUCUUUAUUCCUGAAAUUCUCACAUUUUUAGUGUAGGUUUUCACUGGAUUCCCGCACCCCACCACAGCAGAAUACUAAUCCAGCUCUCCAUGGCAGUGGCUCAUUUGAUUGGGAAGAUGGGGUGCACAGUGGAAUCCACUACACUCAAAGCACUGCAACUAGGAAAUGAAAAUUUCAGUAAUGGAUUGGAUUGCUGGGUACUUCAUAUCCCAAACUGGAGACAAGGGGGGCUUUUCCAUUUAGGAGAGGAAAAUUCUUGCAGGGGUCUUGAGUGCUGUCAUAAGAUUCAAUCAGAAUAUGCUAUCUCACAGUCUACCAUAAAGGCACUUAGAGAGGACCAAAAGACCAUCAAUCCCAGCAUUGCUAGUGAAUUUAAUUGCAUGUGCCCUGUAGAGGAGCCUAAAUGAAAAUGGAAGUGUCAUAUGUCAAAUAAGGAGAAUAUAAAGGUUUUCAAUCCAGUUGCAUACUUUUUAAUUUACUGGUGACUAGUUGGGAUUUAUAUAAUUUUCCUUUGUGAUUUAACUAAACUCAGGAAAUAUAAACAGAUUAUAAGAUGCUAGUUUCUGUUUUUAUAACCACUCAUGAAAAUGUAAAAAGGUUAACAUACCAUUAACUCUGUUUACUACAGUUAAUGUAUCAUAGUGACCUUGCAGAAAAUGUUUUGCUGUAUUAUAGCUUGGAUUUCCUUGGAGUAGUUUGGACCCUGCUGUAUUCAGGAUUCUAAUUAAAAUGAAGAGAGAUUAUAAGGCUUUGGUAUUUGUAGUUCUUAGAUCUUUGUACUAGAACCCAUCUGAGCUACAUAUUUGUGUAAAGCAUAAAUGUCUCUUGCUGCAAGUCACUUUGACAGGCAAAGCCCUCCAGCUGUUGCAUUGUGUUUGACUGUCAUGAAGCCUCUUUAACACACAUUAUUAUUGUGGGAAUAAAAUAUGAAAGAGAAAUAAUGAACGUAAUGAGAUUGUUCACCCUAAUAAUUACAUUUUGUGUCUUAAUCUUGUAUGAUGUUCCUUUAAAGUCACUGUGUCCAGAACAGCAAGCAGAUCUUAAAUGAUGCCAGACAGCCUUAUGUUUUGAGUUCAUGUUCGUCUAAAAAGUUCUUGUCCUACUAUGGCUUGUCUGUAUUCUCUUUGGAUUGUACUUUAACUCUUGUCCUAAGAUGUAUGCUGUAAAUGUAUCCUUUGCCCAGUAAGUGUACUACUUUUAUUUUUGCAUUGAGUCUACACAUUUGAUUCAGGUAGUGCCAAGAGAAUUAAAACAGUUCAAUGUAAGCAUGUGUAUUUUCUGCAUACAACCACAAUAUGAGCCAUGUUCAGCUUUUUUAUUGUAAUAUAUUGGCUGUAAAUAAAUAAAUAAAUUUCUGAUUCCUUAA